GCGAGGAUUCACUGCUGACAUAAGAGCAUCCGUUCACAUCAUUAACCACGUCCAUCGCCCUUCGACACAGCCUGGUGUGGUACAGGAUCUCCAGGUUCACGGCAUGUCUCUAUGACGGUCGACCCAGAGCGCAUUGCGCAUCUAGUGCAACAAGAAUUCCAGAAAUUGCCGGCAAAGAGGAGACCUGCCGUUAGAGGAAAUGGCUUACACGAAUGGGUGCCCCUGAGCGGCAUAGUAGCCCAGGCUUCAGAUGGCGAGCUAUACUGUCUAUCCGUGGCUACUGGGAUGAAAUGUCUGCCUUCGAGCAAACUACCUUUGGCCCGGGGCAAUGUCAUCCACGACUGGCAUGCAGAAGUGCUUGCGAUCCGGGCAUUUAACCGGUUCGUGCUUGACGAAUGCAAAAGACUCGCGAGCGAGCCUGAUCCUUCCUCGUUGUUCCUAUGCCGUCGGGCGAAGAGCAUGGUUGCCGCCGAUACAGAUUGCGGCGACAACGAUGCUGUUCUGAAACAGACAUGGCAUGCUCAGCCAUUCACGUGGCGUGAGGACAUGACUUUGCACAUGUACUGCUCUGAAGCUCCAUGCGGUGACGCAAGCAUGGAGUUGACAAUGGCGGCGCAGGAGGACGCCAGCCCAUGGGAGCUCCCAGCUGCGUCUACAUCCGCGGACACACCGCAUCCGGGCGAUUCCACUUGCGACGACAACGACGACCAUGGCCUACUACUGGGCCGCGGGUUCUUCAGCCAGCUCGGCGUCGUCCGCCGCAAGCCUUCUCGUGGCGAUGCUCCUCCUACAUUGUCCAAGUCGUGCUCCGACAAGCUCUCUCUGAAACAGUGCACCUCCUUGCUCAGCAGCAUCAGCUCGCUCCUCGUGGAUCCGGAGCAUGUCUAUCUCUCCACGAUCAUCAUGCCCGAAAGUCAGUUCUCUGAGAGUGGCUGUGCGCGGGCUUUCUCGGCAGAUUCAGAGCAGGCAGGUCGGAUGGCACCGCUGCUCUACUCGUCGCUGUCACUAGUCUCGGGUUCUGCCACCUCCUCAUCCAGAAGAGGCGGAUACCACUUCCGCACAUUCCAGGUGCUCACUGUACCGGCUGAUAGCGCCGCGGCAGGCGAGUUUCACUACUCCAAGUGGUCAGUCACAGCACGUGCCGCUGCCGCCGCAGCAGAUACACCUACAGCGCCCAAAAUCGCAGCGUCCAACCUCGCAGUCGCCUGGACCCGGUCGGGCUUGGAGGAAGGCACCCUUGGAGGUGUGCUGCAGGGCCGCAAGCAGUUCGACGCCCGUGGCGCAAGCUUCACUUCGAGGAAAAGAAUGUGGUCUCUGGCAGCUGAAAUUGCUGAUAUACUGUUGGAUAGCGAGAGCACCGCCGGUGACGCUUCAGGGGAACAACCGUCUGCCGCACAGGAACUGCGAGCCGUCCUGCAGGGAAGCCGGUCCUAUGACGAGGUCAAGCAAUCCCCGAUGCUGGCCGCCAGGAGGAGUGCCAAGGACGUAGCCAAGAAGGAUGCUCUGAAGGGCUGGGUCAGGAACAGUGGCGAUGAGGAAUUCGAUCUUGCGUGACGCGCGAAGAUGCACAACGGCAUACAUGUAGAGUCAGUGAAGGGCCGACUUGGAGCAGAUAGUACGUUUUCAAUCGUGCACGGCACGGGCAUACAUAGCAUUAAGAACAAACGAAGAACCCAAC